CUCGCGGGAAGAGCGGCGGCUACGGCUGUGGCCAGCUCUCUCCGCUGCGCGCGAAGCGGGAGGGCUCUCUUCACACAAGCGCUUCCUCGCGAAGAGGUUGGAACUGCAGCAGCCGCAGGCCUGGGCCGCCCCUUCCCUGCUGCCUCCUUCUGUUCCUCAGGGCCCUCGGGUCAGCUCGCCCUCCGACGCUGCUCAGGAGUUUGAGAAGAAGCUGAAGUUUUGAUCAAAUAUACUUUGAGGUUGUAACCGGACAUGAACUAGAGUUUAGAUAUUUUCAUUUGAUUAAGCUCCUAAAACCUGUGUAUGAUUUCCAAGAUGGACUAAACCCAUCUCUUUGCCUCACUUCCCUCCUGAUGCCCCACUGAAAUAAGAUGUGUUGAAAUAAGAAAUGGAGACACUAAUAACACUAAAUAGGAAGACUGCCAAAGAGUGAUAAUUGGACAGAUUUCUGGAUCUCUCUAUUCAAGUACUAGAAGGUAUGGUCUGAAUAUGCGUUGCUUGGCAGCUCGGGUCAACUAUAAGACUUUGAUUAUCAUCUGUGCACUCUUCACUUUGGUCACAGUGCUUUUGUGGAAUAAGUGUUCCAGCGACAAAGCCAUCCAGUUUCCUCGGCACUUGAGUAGUGGCUUCAGAGUGGAUGGAUUAGAAAAAAGAGCAGCAGCGUCUGAAAGUAACAACUAUGUCAACCACGUGGCCAAACAGUCUGAGGAGGCAUUCCCCCAGGAACAGCAGAAAGCGCCCCCUGUUGUUGGGGGCUUCAACAGCAAUGCAGGAAGCAAAGUGUUAGGGCUCAAGUACGAAGAAAUUGACUGUCUCAUAAAUGAUGAUCAUACAAUUAAAGGCAGACGAGAGGGGAAUGAAGUCUUUCUUCCAUUCACUUGGGUAGAGAAAUAUUUUGACGUUUAUGGAAAGGUGGUUCAGUAUGAUGGCUAUGAUCGGUUUGAAUUCUCUCAUAGCUAUUCCAAAGUCUACGCACAGAGAGCCCCUUAUCACCCUGAUGGUGUGUUUAUGUCUUUUGAAGGCUACAAUGUGGAAGUCCGAGACAGAGUCAAGUGCAUAAGUGGGGUUGAAGGUGUACCUUUAUCUACACAAUGGGGACCUCAAGGCUAUUUCUACCCAAUCCAGAUUGCGCAGUAUGGGUUAAGUCAUUACAGCAAAAAUCUAACUGAGAAGCCCCCUCACAUAGAGGUGUAUGAAACAGCGGAAGAUAGGGACCAAAACAGCAGGCCUAAUGACUGGAUUGUGCCGAAGGGCUGCUUUAUGGCCAACGUGGCUGAUAAGUCUAGAUUCACCAAUGUUAAACAAUUCAUUGCUCCAGAAACCAGUGAAGGUGUGUCCUUACAACUGGGCAACACAAAAGAUUUUAUUAUUUCAUUUGACCUCAAGUUCUUGACAAAUGGAAGUGUGUCCGUGGUUCUAGAGACCACAGAAAAGAAUCAGCUCUUCACUGUACAUUAUGUCUCAAAUACCCAGCUAAUUGCUUUUAAAGAAAGAGACAUAUACUAUGGCAUCGGGCCUCGAACUUCGUGGAGCACAGUUACCAGGGACCUGGUCACUGACCUCAGGAAAGGAGUGGGUCUUUCCAACACAAAAGCUGUCAAGCCAACCAAAAUAAUGCCCAAGAAAGUGGUUAAGUUGAUCGCAAAAGGGAAAGGAUUCCUCGACAACAUUACCAUCUCUACCACAGCCCAUAUGGCUGCGUUCUUUGCUGCCAGUGAUUGGCUGGUAAGGAACCAGGAUGAGAAAGGUGGCUGGCCAAUUAUGGUGACCCGUAAGUUAGGGGAAGGGUUCAAGUCUUUAGAACCAGGAUGGUACUCUGCCAUGGCCCAAGGGCAAGCCAUUUCUACAUUAGUCAGGGCCUAUCUGUUCACAAAAGACCAUAUAUUCCUCAAUUCAGCUUUAAGGGCAACGGCCCCUUACAAGUUUCUAUCUGAGCAGCAUGGAGUUAAAGCUGUGUUUAUGAAUAAACAUGACUGGUAUGAAGAAUAUCCAACCACACCUAGCUCUUUUGUUUUAAAUGGCUUUAUGUAUUCUUUAAUUGGGCUCUACGACUUAAAAGAAACUGCAGGAGAAAAACUCGGGGAAGAAGCGAGGUCCCUGUAUGAGCGUGGCGUGGAGUCCCUGAAGGCCAUGCUCCCCUUGUACGACACUGGCUCGGGAACCAUCUAUGACCUCCGGCACUUCAUGCUUGGCAUUGCCCCCAACCUGGCUCGCUGGGACUAUCACACCACCCACAUCAACCAACUGCAGCUACUCAGCACCAUUGAUGAGUCCCCAGUCUUCAAAGAAUUUGUCAAGAGAUGGAAAAGCUACCUUAAAGGCAGCAGGGCAAAGCACAACUAGAGCUCAGAACCAAAACUGUUUCAGCCUCUGCUGAAACUACAGGCUGUGUCUCAGCAGAGCAUAGGCACAUUUUAAAAGGUUGUAUACUAGGGUUACAUCAAAGCGAUAAAUGAUCCUUAAAACUAGUCUUCUGAGAUAAUUGCAUUCCGUGGGUUGGGUGUUCAGAAGUGUAAGUGACAUUUAGAGCAGGAAAGGGUUUAGCCCGUGGGCUAAACAAAGGUGUUUAACUUUGCCUCGCUUAUCACCCUGUAUGGUUCCACAGGCCAGUCCCUCUCCGCUUGGGAAAGAUAAUGGUAAAUAGCUGUUACUGGCCAGCUGUCUAGCACUUACUGAAAAACUUAGUAUGGGGCUCUUUUAAAAUGUGAUUAUUUAUGUUUAUGUUGAAAACUGACUUUAAAAAAUAAUGUGCUGUAAUACAGUAAAUAUGUACUUGUAGCCUGAAUAGUGGACUGUGUGCACCUUUUUAAAAUGAAAUGAUGUUUCUUUUCUAUGGAUUAAUUUCUUGGAGGCAAAGGAGCAUUUGUUGCAUUUGUUUAGCUUGUUACAUAUGGAGAAUAUUUUGAAUUUAUGAUUUUCUUAAAAUGUGUAAAUUAAAAUGCAACCAGUGUUCAGGCUUCACAAUUACACGAAUGUAAGCACAACUUAAAUGAAACUUGACUGCACAAGAAAUUACAAAAAUACUAUUGGUUUUAUGAAACUUGAUCUACAAUCAGUAAAGGUUUGAUAAUCAGUCUGUUCAACUCCCACCCCCAUUGUGAUGGGGUUUUUUUGUCACUAUCUAGAAUUUUGUAUUUCAUUUCUGACUACGCUUGAGAGUUUUGUCUAUUUGGGGGGAGCAUUUUGGGGACAUUUUGGAGAUUUUAUUACAAGCCUACUUGGGGAAGGAGCUAGGAAUUUUGAUAAGUCCACUACCACUGCCCUUUCAGGAUUUCUUUCCCCCUUUAAAGAAAAGUACUAGGUCAAAUAUUACAUACAGUAAUCAUAGCAGGUCUUUUUUACUUUUUAGAUCAUUCUUGGUUGUCAGCUUUCUAAACCACUGACUCUGCAUCAGUGUUUCAAUUCUGCAAUUUUAAUUUUAAAUUAUUUCAGCUGUUGGGUGAAGCAGUGCUGCUGCAUUUGCUGUGCAUGUGUAUUCAGGCCUUUGUUUGGUUUUAUUUCCCCCUGUACCUCAUAUAAAUAGGUUUCAUAACCCUUAUGUCCUGGGCAGUGGCUCCUGUAGGGCUCCAGCCAUUGGGUCAAAUCAAGGGAGGUUAAUUUUGCUGUCUUGUUUUGUGUGACAGUACCCUAAAUCACACAGUGACUUUACAGAUGGGAACAGCGCCAUCCCACAUGUCCAGUGCAGUCUGUCUGUGACUUGUAUUAAGUGCACAUCAAGAACCAGGUGGGCACCUGUCCUCACAGCACAUCUUAACUGAACUCAGCCUACCAUCACUGCUUAGAAACUAGAAAAUACAUGUAUACACGUGAGUAUGAUAUGUAUGUGCAAAAUACGUUUAUUAAUGGCAAAGAGGGCAGAACAAAAAAGGUAUGUAGAUCUACACUGAAGACAAUAAUAAACUGGCCAUGGAAAUGUAAGCUUAAAUUGUCAAUUUAUGUGACCGCAGCUCUCUUUUGCCCACAACAAAAUAGUUGUGGGGUAUUAGGUUUCUCCCUAGCUUUUGAACUUGGUCAUUCUUAUACAUUAGAUGUCUCAACAAGAAUAUCUGGACUCCUUUUUUAACUUCAACACUCAAAAAUAAACUUUCUCCUCUUUACUUCAUCAUAUUUGUUGUUCUUUGAAACAGUGCAGACUUCUGCCUAUGUUUGCAAACCAAUACUUAAGAUUAAAGGAAUCAGUGAAAACAACAUGGUACUGCCUCUGUGACAAAUAUCAGUGCCUUAACAAUGUGGCUGUCCUUUUCCACUGAAAAAGGAAGGACAUUUUGAUCUAGAAAUGGCAUUGCUAUUUCGUUGCUAUCGGUGUCACACUGCCUUUCACAUUGCAACAGCAACUUGAUUUUUCUUGUGAUUCCAGAAUUUUCUAAGAGAGUUGAACUUGUAGCAACACUGUCAGUACAAACCACUGGUUCUCAAACUUCAGGAUGCCUCAGAAUCACCUGGUUGCUUUUUGAAAUACAGUCCAGAUACUGAAUAACUCUUCCUGGGGAGCACAAUACUCUUCACAAUACUCUGCAUGUUUCACAAGCAUUCGGGUAAUUCUGAUGCAGGUGAUCGGGGGCAUAUGUGGAGGAACACUGCCCAACACUAGCCAUUGUAUUUUUGUUCAUAAACACCUAUGGAGUUUUCUAGGGUUUUUAAUCAUGUAAAAUGUUUACUUAUUCUGAGCUUACAGAGAACGGAGAAGGUAUUUUAAACUUUUGUUUCUUUAAAUUUUUCUUAGUUUCAGGAUGAUGGAUAUUAGUUUUGUAGGGUUAGCUUUGAUGUUAAAUCAGUUGCCACUUCAGUUGCAAAAUCAGCCAAAAGUUUCCAGAUGAUGGUCAGGUUUGACCCUUUGGGAGUUAUUGUACAUAAAGGCUUCAUCCAAAUACCAUCCAGUGUAUGUGAGCAAAUACAAAAAUGACACAAAGCACAACUCUCCGGAUGCGGCAGUCCUUUUUCUUUGUCAGUGUGCAAACGUUCACUGAAAGCUGCUAUUUUCAUUCUCCUUGUAAUUGUUUUUCUUGUUUCUCCAUUGUACAUGUGGGCUAUAUACCAUGUGUUAAAUAUGCAAUAAAGUGUUUACUGGAUGCCCUUCUGAAGGGUGGUCCUUUGUAAAGCUGUACAGACUUUGCAGUUUAAGCACAAUGUGCACAUGUUAGUUUUAUAUACAGCAAAACUUGGUUUUUUUGCAGAUGGAAAGGUAUUUUGUUUCUAUACAAAGUAAACUGAUUGUGCUUAAUGUAAAGCUGCUUUAUAAAAUUGUAAAAUAAAGUUUUUAUCGUAAAAGGAA